UAGCGCAUCUCGUUCAGGUGGUAUGUUCAUGUUGCCAGCACUGAUGUCAACAGUGAAGCGUGUUGUGAAUUGGGAGGAAAGACCAAAGGAGCUGGACAGUGGGUACUUCAUUAUUUUUGCCAUUACCUUUGUAGGUAUUUAUAAUGGAUGACGAAGCAGAAACCUAUAAAUUGUGGAGGGUUAGAAAGACAGUUAUGCAGCUGUGCCACGAUCGUGGAUAUCUGGUUACUCAAGAUGAAUUGGACCAAACUCUGGAACAAUUCAAAGAACAGUUUGGGGACAAACCGAGUGAAAAAAGGCCUGCUAGAAGUGACCUGAUUGUUCUUGUUGCUCAUAAUGAUGAUCCAACAGAUCAGAUGUUUGUCUUUUUCCCCGAUGAACCCAAGAUUGGAAUUAAGACAAUUAAAACUUAUUGUCAGAGAAUGCAAGAAGAAAAUAUUCACCGUGCAAUUAUUGUAGUGCAGCAAGGAAUGACACCUUCUGCAAAACAGUCACUGGUUGACAUGGCACCAAAAUACAUUUUGGAGCAUUUCUUGGAGUCUGAACUGCUGAUCAACAUCACAGAGCAUGAACUUGUACCUGAGCAUGUCGUAAUGACACCAGAAGAAAAGCAAGAGUUGCUUGCAAGAUACAAAUUGAAGGAGAACCAACUUCCUCGGAUUCAGACAGGCGAUCCUAUUUGUCGAUACUUUGGUCUUCGUCGGGGACAGGUGGUGAAAAUUAUCAGGCCUUCCGAAACAGCUGGUCGGUACAUUUCAUACCGGCUGGUGUGUUAACUGCAACUGAUGAUAGAAUGCUAAUUUCUUGUUAAUCAUUCUGUCUUAAGUUGAAAAUGUAACAUAAGGUUUUUGUAAAUAAAUUAUGCCUAUUUUAUGUAGCAUUUC